AUGUCAGCGCCCAGGGCAAGCUGUCUGAUCGUUUUGAGUUCAGCAGUUGAAGGUGUUUCCGCACAGUCAUUUGUCCAGGCGUUUAAGCUUACACAUACAAACUUCUCAAUACAGCUGGCUUCUCCAGGGGGAAAGGUGACAGAAUUUGUUCAACAAGAUGAGAAUAACAGACGUUGGCUGAAUGAUUUCCGGACCAAGUCCUACUCCAUGCCUAUCAGCUUAGAAUCUAUUGACGCGGCUCGCUACUCUGCCCUGUUGAUACCUGCAGCUCCAGGAGCCAUCCAUGACCUUGCCACUAACCAGCAUCUUGCCCAGAUUGUCCAGCAUUUUGCCAAAGAAAACAAGCCACUUUGUGCAAUAGGCCCUGGUGUAGCUGGGUUGUGUGGUGCCAGACAGGAAGAUAAGAAGUCCUGGAGCUUUGCAGAUUACAGUAUGACAGCUCCCUCAAUAUUUGAAAUCGCACGUACACCAGAAUUUGCUAUUCUACCCAUUUUAUUGGAAGAUUUCAUCAAAGACAGUGGUGGCAAAUAUUCCAGCAGUGAAUGUGAUGCUGUACACAUCGUGGUGGAUCGACAUCUGGUGACAGGACAGAACACACAGUCCACUCUGAUAGCUGUUCAAAAUCUGAUCUUACUCUGUACUCACAAACAAACUAAACAUGGUGGAGGGAGAUAACAGCAUGUCUAUAGGUCUUCUUCCCAGGAAAUUAGGCGUCUCAACUUUGACGUGACUAACAUGAGGGUAUCCAUUCUGGGAACGAAUUGAUUGAGAAACUUUGAUCUUCAAAGAUUCUAAUGUUGAUUGAAAGAAAAUAUAACACCAGUCACUGUUGUGAUUUUGUUCAAAACCAGAUAACACUUUUUGGGUGUUUUUUUCCCCAAAUAUUCAAGAUACUCUGAUUUAAAAGAAUUGUUCCUAAAAUUCUCUCAGAGUUUGUGAUAAAGAUUUACUGACAUCCAAAUUAAUCAGCAAUUCCUAUUUUCUUUGCCUUGAAGAUCGUUGCUUUUACGUGACGAGUUAGCAAAUAUGUCUCAAUGUUCCCAACUGCCCUUUCCUUGAGAAUUUCCUUGUCUAUCGUGCUGAAGUGUCGUUAAGCCGUAUAAUCCUUCAUUCACGUUGUUUUGUUUUAUUGGAGAACGUCAUUAGUGACUUUUUAGGCAGAUUUGUAAAGAACCUGGAAAGUUUAGUAGUUUUUUACUUGGCUUCAGAUCUGCGAGGUUUUGUCGACAGGUAAAUCAGACUGCUGUCAGAUACAUAAGUGACACAUUCUUGUGGACAUACAUUUCUGUAUUUGAAAUGAAGAACAGAGUAGACAAUAUUUUUGCAAUUGGAGAGCAAACCUCCUUCAGUACUCUGGCUCUGUUCUGAGUUAUAAAGAUUGAAGUCUGUUUGUUAAGUUUGUUAAAACAUUCAAAUACGAUAACGAAAUUGGUUUGGUUUCCUCCCACCAUAAUGCUGGCUGCCCUCGUAUGAAUGAAAUACUCUGGAACAUGGCGUAAAACACCAAACAAAUAAAUAAAUCAAAUAAGUGAAAUAUCAUUGGGAACAGCAUAGAACAACAAUCAUACAAGUCAAAUUCUGAGAAAGUAGCAAUUUUGUACAUGAUCUGUCAUUCGCCAUUUUGUUUCUACAUUUAUUGUGGAUAAACCAUAAGUGUUGCACGGCUCCCCAUGGUUUGCGGUAGGUUGAGAAACCUUCCACAUGAGUAUUCUUUCCAUUCUUAAGGGACCAGUUUGAAAUGAUUUAAUGCAGUGAAUGCAGCAUUUCCAGGCAUUGGCUGGAAAAUUUGCAUUAAUUGGUACAGGGCUUUGGAUUUGUGAAGUUAACGUUAGGGAAUUAGCAAGGUUGUUUGUGACACACGCGAAGACUGGAAGUGCUUAAACGUGAAUAACUCGAUCUGAGUUUCGACUGUGGCAACAUUUAUUGCUGUCGUUCUUGUGUGGACGGUGUAGGGCAGACAUCAUGGAUGUCGAAGUAUGUUUGCUCAGUUAGUGUGGAAAACAGAAAUAUGACGCCAUGGCUAAUUACGAACAGUGACAAGAGCUACUUAUUUAAACAUAAACAAGUUCACUACUUACAGUGUUUGUCAAGGAACGUUAAAUGGGUUAUAAUUUUCUGAGCAGUGAACGAUGCUGGCUGUUCCUGGAGAGUUCUGAUGUUAAUAUAAUGAAAGUUAGUGCAUUGAUGUGUUCAAGAAAAGACUCUACCCGACCUAAAGUAAUUAAAAUGGAUACAUAUUUGUUUAUGAUUUCCUGUUGUUAUGAUUGUGAAGGUAUAAAUGUAUUUGUACUUCCGUGGUGUGCUCCAGUAAGCUGUAUAAGUGAUUUUGUUGACGAAGUUGCAGACUCACACCUGUAAAUUGUACACAGAUAGUUAACAUUUUAAUCUACGCAUACCUAUAGUCAUCAAUCUUCGUUCUUGGUUUUUCGUUUUUAAUCUGCUUUAAUCGUAUGUGUUACAAAUAAAUGAAAUAUAUGUACGUGU